AGGAAGUUAGUGUCUCACACUGACUCGUGCUGCAAACUCUGCUCUCUCUGACAGCUCCGUCUUAUAGUCGGCUGGUCAUUCAGUUUUCAGGUUAGCUUUAGAAAUUCCUUUGAUGGAAUUUGGUGUUAUAAAACGGCAUUUGUUUAGUUUUUAACAAUUUUUUAAUUUUUAAAGAAAGAAACAAUUUUUGGGGCUACUUGUGGACUUGGCGCAACAAGUUGAAGAACAGACAGAGGCGCAUUGGAGACAGGACUUUGAGUUUUUAUCUGUUCAUGGACAUUGGCGUUCAGGCUGUGCUGAAAAUAAUUCCUGUAUCGAUUCUGCCAACACUUAUGAAACUUAUUUCCUGCGCGCUCACUCCUCUUCGAUCAAAGACUUCAGUUGCGCACCAAUUUUAGCCUAUUGAUCGACUGCGUGUAACUUCGGAAAAUAUGGAUCUUCGUCAAGAGAUCCCUUCAGCCGCCCAAGCAGGGUCGCAGGUUCAUCCAGGUGCCGCCGCCGCGGCUGCUGCCGCCUCCAUUCCAGUUUCUAUGGCGAGUAGUCUCUUAAGGGGUCCGCCGCUGUUGCUGCGCGCUACGGAGAAGUAUCCACGAACACCCAAGUGCGCCCGGUGCAGGAAUCACGGGGUGGUAUCUGCUCUGAAGGGGCAUAAGCGCUACUGCAGAUGGAAGGACUGCAUGUGUGCCAAAUGCACUCUGAUUGCCGAGAGACAGCGCGUCAUGGCAGCCCAGGUUGCGCUCCGCAGGCAGCAGGCUCAAGAGGAGAACGAAGCGAGGGAACUGCAGCUGCUCUACGGCACAGCAGAGGGUCUGGCCCUGGCCGCAGCAAAUGGCAUCAUACCUCCCAGACAAAACUAUGAAGUCUUUGGCUCAGUUAACAACGAAACAAACUCUGGUGAAUCAAAUAUCCAAAAGUUCGAGUUGUUCCCGAAGACGACUUUAUCGGGAUCGAUGACCCCACAACAAGCAGUGGGAAAGUCAGUAUCCACAGACAACGAAUCGGUUCCUGGGAUUUCAUCUCCAGACAUGCGUCACGGCUCCGGCUCGGAAAACGGUGACCACGAGUCUAUCGUUAGUUCCCCGAUCGCCAAACCCCUGAAAGACGGAGAGGAGACCCCAGGUUCAAUAAGUCCCCUGGGCUCAGACUCCGGCUCGGAUACGGAUAAAGACGAGCAGGAGCCUUCACCCUCAUCCGCCGCGUCACGACAAAUGAACGCCAUUGACAUCUUAACGAGGGUCUUCCCCAACCACAAGCGCAGUGUCCUGGAGCUUGUCCUUCAGGGAUGCGGCAAAGACGUGGUGCAAGCCAUAGAGCAAAUCCUCAACAACAGCGGCCAAGCCAAGGGCACAGACGAGUCGUGGACGGCUGAGAGGAUGCUUCAGGGCGCACAACCGCCUAUAUCUUCCACCCCGCGGCCUAUGCUACCUGGAACCAUGACGCUAAGCAAUAGGUCUGCAUUCUCCCCACUGCAGUCCAAUGCGCCCCACUUUGGCGCCGAUCCCAGCACCUAUCCUCUCAGUACGCAUUUGGGCCUGAACCCACUCCGGCUAGCAUACUCGGCUCACAGCAGAGGUCUCGCCUUCAUGGCUCCUUAUUCCACCACAGGCCUAAUGCCAACACUGGGUUUCAGGCCACCAAUGGACUACGCCUUCAGUGACUUGAUUAGAGAUAGGACACUCUUGCAUAAAGAUCAGAGUUACAGCAAUGGACUCUAUGGUCCCCUGGUCAACAACACUCAAGAGAAACCCUGAGCAUCUUUUGAAAGGGACUAAAAAAGACAAUGGGGCAGGGUUUCCCGAAUGUAGACAAAAGUGUUUAAUGUCUUUAAAGACUCCAAGGCCUAAAGGUUUCUCGUUCAACGUCCCCAAAAGACUCACGGGCCUCGUGUUUCUAGUUACUGCAUUUCUGUAUAUAAAAUGUCUAGUCUAAUCAUCAGGAAAAAAUGAAUAUGGACUAAUACGAUUGACACGUGUUUGGUGGUCGUGGCUUCUUUGAAGUUUGUGAUAAAUAAAAAAGAAAAUGGUUACGCGUAAAGGUUACAGUUUUUACCCAUCUUACUCCAAGUUGGCUUUACACUGCCACAAUGCAAUUGAGGCGGAGGUGAAUUUUAGACCUUUACCAGAGUAACCAUAGUAUUUCAUGUAAAUUGUGUAUUUUACAAUUCUUCACGUUUGUUACAAUCUAUUUAGAUUAUUUACAAAACGGAAUAAGCCCCCGUGUGAUGAUAUAGUGCAAUUCCUAGAAUAAUUUGCUUCAUCAUUUAAAAGGUACUGAAUUCUAGCAUUACUGUUAUUGUGAAACUUCUAUCAUCUCAUUUUUUUCUGAUCCGUGUCUGUAAAAUCGUGCCAUGUUUAUUCAACAGAACUAAUAAUGUGCAGGUUCUUUUGAGUCAGUAUGGAAAUGGUUCAAGUAUAGACAUUUAUUUCCCCUUUGUGAGUGAUAUAUUGUGUUACGCACCGAAAUAAAGUAUAUUGCAUUUCUUUAAUAAUAAGGUCAAAAGUCAUUUUCUCAAAAAACAUGAAUCUAAAAAAUAGACGUAAAAUGAUGGUUUGUUUAAUGAAAUCUUGCUGAUGCGUUACGAAGUGUAUAUUUCUCUGUGUAAAUUUUGCAAAAAUAAAUGUUAUUUUAUUCUUACGUUUUGUUUG